AUGCGAGUAGCUCGAGCGGUUCAACGUAGCUCAUUAUCGUUACCAGGUAGUCCACAAAAAACUUAUACUCUUUCAUCUCAGAAUCAAACACAAGAUGAAGAAACCAAUGGGAAUAAUUCAAUUAAUGAAAAGAUAUCUCAAAGACGACCAUCGGAUUUACCAAAAAAAUCAAAUGGACUAUCAAAAAAUAUUUCAAAAACAUCUACACUUGAUACGUCUCAAACACAAGGAUUUCGACGUUCAGUAACAAAUGAUGGACCUACAAGUAGAAAACGAUCAAAUACUGAUAUUCAAACAGCUACAUCUUCAUCAAAUGGACUUAAACAACAAUUACCAACAAUAAACGGAUCGGUCAAUGAUAAAUCUCUGGGUCAUCAGAACCAACAACAAAAUCAAUCGACUCCACCAAAACCUAAGUGUACAUUACCAGCAUCCAUUUGUCAACCAGGUUAUGUUACACCAUCAAAAUUAUUUAAUAUGAUGGGUUAUGGAUUACAAAAUCAGUAUUUAUUAAUGCAUGCACAUUAUUUAUAUAUCAUCGAUUGUCGAUCGAGAGAAAAAUUUAAUGAAAGUCAUAUUAUAACAGCCAUCCAUUGGGAAGAUGCAUUAAAUGGUACCGUUUAUAUAUCUGUAGUCGAACGAUUUAGUGAAAUAGUAUUAUAUGAUGAAAAAGGUGUUUUCUUUAAUACGACAACAGAAAUGCGUCGUGUUAGUAAUCGUUUUUCACCCCAAGGCUCAAGGUCAUGUAUAUCAUUAGCUGGUGGCUUUGAAGCAUUUCGUAUAUUAUUUCCAUUUUUUUGUACUCAAGCAGAUAUACGUUCAACAGUUGAUCGAGAAAAAUUUCUCACAAUAUAUCCAUCUGUUGUUCUUGAUAAUCAACUUUAUCUUGGAACUGGGCAUCAAGCAACAAAUUGGAAAGUUGUACGUGAUCUGAAAAUAACACAUAUCAUAAAUAUAUCUGUUGAACAUCAAUGUGUAUUUGCUGAUAAAAUUAAAUAUUUACAUAUUGAAUUAGAAGAUAACGAAGAUGUUUUAUUAAAAGAUCGUUUUGAUGAAACAAUACGUUUCAUGAAUAUGGCUUUUCAAAAUCCAUCAAAUCGUAUACUUAUUCAUUGUAAUUUAGGUAUAUCAAGAUCAUCAACAUUGAUUCUUGCCUAUCUAAUUAAAACAUAUAAUGCAACAUUAUAUGAAGCAUAUAAAUUUUUAAGACAUCGAAGACCUAUUGUUUGUCCAAAUAUGGGUUUUCUUCAUCAAUUAAUUGAAUAUGAACAUGAUUUAUUUUCUUAUAAAUAUACUGAUCCAAAUGAUCCAAUGUUUCAUUAA